UAGUGGGGGUGGGGGCACACACACGCAAACAGAGAGAGGGAGAGGGGCAGAGACGCCAAAACCAGUGGAGUUGUUGAAGAUGGACGACAUGAAGUUGAUUGUGGAAGUGGAGAAGUACAGGGAGUUGUAUGACCGCCAGCACCCAUUCUACAAGGACAACAUGGAAGAAUGCAAGCGGAGAUGGAAACAACUGCGGGACAGUUUUGUGAAAAACAAAAACAAGACUGUACCGAGUGGGUCCGCUGGUGGCAGUCAAAAGGACUGGAAAUACAGCAAUAAUAUGUCUUUCUUACUGCCACACUUGCAGCCCAGAAGCUCUAAAAGUACUCUCCAGCCUGUAGAUCUGAGCGAAGACACACCCGCAGAGCUCAUGUGUGAGGAAGAUGACUUGACAGCUGGACCAUCUGGACUGCCUGCAAGGCCUGGCACACCAGCCACUCCCACACUGAGGUCCAUAUCCUCUUCUCCACAUCCCACAGAUGUAGGACCGAGGUCUACCCAUCAGCUCUCAGAAUUACCAAGGUCUGCCACCCCCCCAACACACCCUAGAGUGCAAGCCUUGUCAUCAGGGGCUGAAACUCACACCACACAACCUGGCAGAAAGAAAAGGCGGGGAUCCACAACUGCAGGGCCUUUAGAGCCAGACCUGCUAGAUAUUCUGACAACCCCUGUGCCACCACAUGUCCCAAAAGAUGAGGAGGAAAUGUACUUUUUCGCCCUCAGCCUUGUCCCCAGGUUGAACCGACUGCCCCGUAGCACUCAGGCAUGUGCACAAAUCCACAUCCUACAGUAUCUUACAGACUUGGAAAAAGAGGAACAAGGUAAGCUUACCCAAGCUUCUCCAUCAGUCACCAGACCAACCCCACUACAUUGGCAGCAGACAACACAGCCACAAAGCUCAGGUUUUCAGGGGUACAAGCCCCGUCACAGUAUCAACAAGGUCCACCCCCGACAACAUAUCAGCAAGCUGCACAACCCCCAGUGUCCCACCACCAGCAGGGACAAUAUCAUGCAAUGCAAACACAGAGCCAACAUGGAGGUGUGAAGAGGUCUGGGUCAAUGCUGGAAGAGCUGGAAGACACCCCCCCCAAAAUCAUUCCACCAUUUUGAGUAAUGGAGGAAAAAUACAAUACUUGAGCCUAUGUAAAUAAAUAUUUGCUGUUGUUUAUAUUUACUCUAAUUAAACAGUUUGUUGUGUUUAAAUUUGUGAUGAUUUAAAUAAGAGGUUCUUAUUUUGUUUGUUAUUUUUUCUAAAUAUUGUGUGUAGGUUUUAGAUUGUAGUUUCUACAAGUUUUGUACAUUUCUUCAUUGUUAAUAAA